UAAAAAGUCUUUCAGAUCAGCUACUCCACACUUACUCUACUGGUCACCAUGUCUUUCACUGGGAAAUUUCAGCUGGAGACUCAGGAGGGCUUUGUGGAGUUCAUGAAGGCCGUUGGUCUUCCUGAUGAUCUCAUUGAGAAAGGCAAAGACAUCAAGAGUGUCUCCGAGAUCGAGCAGAAUGGAGAUCAAUUUAAAGUGACCGUGACGACUGGAUCCAAAGUUCUGACCAACACCUUUACGAUAGGACAAGAGACUGAGAUUGAAAACCUUACUGGAGAGAAAGUCAAGGCUGUUGUGACUAAAGAAGGCAACAAGCUGAUAGUUGUUCUUAACAAAAUCACAUCCAUCACAGAACUCGUGGAUGACAACACGAUCAUCAAUACUUUGACUUUGGGCGACAUCGUCUACAAGAGAGUGAGCAAACGCGUGGCGUAAUUAAAAAAAAGAGAGAGAAAAUGUAAAGAAAAAUAAAAACUUUUUUUUUCUUUUU